GCAUUUUCUCGCUGUAGCACAUCAGCCCACCCUCACCCAUUGAAGAUGACCCGCCCAUCGAAAACAAAGAAGCAGGUCGAUGUCCAUUUGCGCAUCCGUCCGUUGGUCAAGGAAGAGCUGGAGCGUCAAGACGAGCACUUGGUUUUGACAACGCAGAGUGGCGCGGACGGCACGAUCAACCUGAGCCUGACGACCCCCAAAGCAGAAUCAGACGACGUCGAGUUCGUCGAAGUGCUCGGGUUUCAAGUGCCCAAAUCCAAGCCCAAGCGCGACAAAACGUUUCGUCGGUUCGUCGGCAUCCACGACGACGUGAGUAACGCAUACUUCUUCCAGGCGACGGUGGCCCCGCUGGUGCAGGACGCGCUGGCAGGCCGCACGGCGUGCUGCUUUGCUUAUGGGCACACUGGAUCGGGGAAGACGCACACGAUUCUCGGCUACGGGGCCGAGCGCGGCAUGUACCACCUGGCGUCGCAGCAGCUGUUUGCUGCCAUCGGCGACAUUUCCGCCCAGAACUCGAGCCUCGAUGCAAUCGAUCUCCCGAAACUGCAAGUUCGGGUCAACGAAAUCUACAACGGCGAAGUGUACGACCUCCUCAAUGACAGCGCCAAGUGCUUUGUGCGGGAGGAUGCCCACGGAAAGGUUCAGAUCCGUGGGGAAACCGUCGUGGACGCCGACACCGGCCUCGUCACGACCACCGCGUCGACGAGUGUGUUGGCGGGGUCCCACGACGAACUGCUCGAGAUUGUAAGUCGGGGCAUCGCCGCCCGGAGCACGGGCAACUCGAACGUUCACCGCGCAAGCAGCCGGUCCCACGCGAUUGUCGAGAUCGAGUUUGUCUCAGAUCGGAUCUUGCAACUGCGCGCCAGCGUCGACGACCUUGACAGCGAGUACACGCGCCUUCGCCACGAACGCGACUCUUUGGAAAUGGACAUUUUCACGCGCCAGCACUAUAAGGUGGAGGGCAAGUGGGUCAAGAAAGAAAACGCCCAGGGCAGCACAGACGACGAAUGCACGCAGUUGCUGGACCUGCGCAAGGCGUAUCUGGCCGUGGAAGCGCAAAAGCGAGGGGCCCAGCGCAACGUCGAAGUGGCACAGGCCCAAGGCUUGCCUUGUGUGGGAGGGGCCCUUGUGUUUGUCGACUUGGCUGGGUCUGAGCACGCGAGCAAGAUCACGGAUGGCAUCCAGAAGACGGACGAGGAGCAGCAAGAGUGCCGAGAAAUCAACAAGUCCCUGAGCGCGCUCAAGGCGUGUUUUCGAGCUCAGUGCCAAGGCCUCACUGGCACCAGCUGCUACCGCAACUCGAAGCUCACGCUGGUCCUGCGCGACCAUUUGAAGUCGGAGGCGUCGCAUACGGCCAUGAUCGCAGCCGUGUCGCCGUCCAGUUUUCACGUGGACAAGACCAUCCACACAUUGCAAUAUGCGCAAUUGGUAGCCGAGAAGUAACGAUACUAUAUCUACUACGUGGUCGACAUAAGGAAACCAAUCUAUAUGUCAGAAUUUGUCA